AUGGAUUGUAAAGAAGAAGAAAUCAAAACAGGUGGUGUAUUUGAAAUCAAACCAUGCAGAAAGGAAGAUAUUCAAAAGAUCUAUGAUAUGAUUUAUGAAUUGGCUGUCUUUGAAAAGUUACAACAUAUGGUAACAGGAACAGUUGAAGGACUUGAGAAAUCAGCAUUUGGUGAAGAGAAAUCGAUUUAUAUUAAUUGUGGAUGGUAUACAGAGAAUGGUCAAGAACAAGGUCAAUUGAUUGGAUAUACUAUUCAUUUCUUAAGUUUUAGUACCUUUUUAUGUCGACCAGGUAUCUUUUUAGAGGAUUUAUACAUUAAACCAGAAUACAGAGGCAAGGGACUUGGUAAAAAGUUAUUGUUACAUCUUACAAAGAUCGCUCAAGACAAGGGUUAUGGUCGUGUUGAAUGGCAAUGUCUCACUUGGAAUGUUGAGGCUCAAAAGUUAUAUAAUAGUACUGGUGCUGAAGUAAUGGAUGGAUGGAUGCAAUAUCGUUUGGUUGAAGGUCCACAAAUUCAAAAGUGUGCCAAAGACUUUGAAAAUACUAAAACUAGAUAA